UGCCUUGCCGUGCGUGGCUUUGCGUGCUGACGUCGGCGCGCUGUCUACGACUGUUGUUGUCGGAGGGCAAUGGCGGCGCACCGGGGCUCGUCGACCAAAUGGUUCUUCUCCAGGGAGCAACUGGAGGCGACGCCGUCGCGGCGGUGCGGAGUCGAGCCCGACCGGGAGCUCUCGUACCGGCAACAAGCCGCGAACCUCAUCCAGGAUAUGGGACAGAGGCUGAACGUCUCGCAACUGACGAUAAACACCGCGAUUGUUUACAUGCACAGGUUUUAUAUGUACCACUCGUUCACCAAAUUCCAUAGAAACAUCAUCUCUCCCACCGCGUUAUUCCUGGCGGCGAAAGUGGAGGAGCAACCCCGGAAACUUGAACACGUGAUUAAAGUGGCGCAUGCCUGUUUAAACCCUCAAGAGCCUCCUUUAGACGCAAAGAGUAAUGCGUACCUCCAGCAAGCGCAAGAGCUGGUGAUACUUGAAACCAUAGUGCUGCAGACUUUAGGCUUUGAAAUAACUAUUGAGCAUCCUCAUACUGAUGUUGUGAAAUGUUCCCAACUAGUGCGAGCAAGCAAGGAUCUGGCACAGACUUCCUAUUUCAUGGCUACCAACAGCCUCCACCUCACCACGUUCUGCCUGCAGCACAGGCCCACGGUCAUCGCUUGCGUAUGCAUUCACCUAGCCUGCAAGUGGUCUAACUGGGAGAUACCCGUGUCUACCGACGGCAAACACUGGUGGGAGUACGUAGACAAUUCGGUCACUCUCGAGCUACUAGACGAGCUGACGCACGAGUUCCUUCAGAUUUUGGAGAAGACUCCCAGUAAGUUAAAGAGGAUUCGAAACUGGAGGGUAAUUAAUUCUGCAACACAAGCUGCGAAAAAACCUAAAACGGACGGACCAUCAUCAGAGAGCACGUCUUUUCCCGACCCCUCGUUAGCCCAGGACCAGUCGAUGGUAGACGCCGUUUCCGGAGUUUCCACGAACGCAGCCUUUUCCAAACCUUCUACGUCGUUCCCUAUGUCCCUCCAAGGCAGUGGGCUUCCAUUGGACCAUAUUGCCGGCACUGUGCAAGGCACAUCAUACGAUUUUCCAGGCUCUGCGGACUGGCCUCAUGACCAAGCACUCUCAGACUCGUACUUUCUUAAACAGCUUCCUCUGCAUCUUCACCGCACCGAGUUUCCCACAGUCAAACAGGAACACAAGGCCAAGUCGUCAGCGUUCCCGCCCCCUUCCACGUCUCAGCCGCUAAAAAUGUCCCUGGAGAAGUACAAGGAGAAGCACGCGGCCGAACUGGCGGCCCAGAAACGCAGGCAAGAGCAGCCAAGCACGGAAUCAGAGUCCAGAGAUUUGUUCGGUGGGUCUGGUCAGGUUGAGCACCGAAAGCCGCAACACCCUUACGCUCACUUGCAGCAGGGCUCGAGCGGCACCUCCAUAAGCUCGCCGCUGAAGAUGAAACUGCCCUUAAUGGGCCAGGAGAAAGCCCGUGGAGACAGACGGGAGAAAGGGAGCUCGCUGAAGCUCCGUCUUCCCGUCCAGGCCGAGAAGAGUGGAACGAGUAAAGAGGAGCUGAAGAUGAAGAUCAAGGUUUCCUCGGAACGCCACAGCUCGUCGGAUGAAGGCGCGAGCAAAAGCAAGCAUUCCAGUCCGCUGGUCAGCAAGGAAAAGCAUCGGCACCACCAUAAACACUCGAACCCGCACUCGCACGGGGGCGGAGGAGGCGCCUCUGCCCUCAGGAGCCCCGGGGGUGAUGGGGCCCAAGGCUCGAGCUCGUCCCGUAAGAGGACGCAUACCGACGCCAGCCAUAAUCACCACCCCAAAAAGAACAAAAGCUCCAAGCCAGCCGCAGGUGGACUCCGAACAUCUCAGCACGCUCCCGAAAGCGGACAAGGAGUCGGCGGAGAGCCGUGGUCCUGAGAACACCAACACACAGUACAAGGACUCGCUGUUAAGGACUCAUGCGACGAAAUCAUGAGCGCCUUUUGAGAAGGACACAGAGGUUUAUCCUCGUUUAAAACGUGAGCGAGGUGAAGAGUAAAAAAAUCUUCCUGAAGUUUGUGAUUCCCUUCGCUCGCUUGCUGCCUUUUUUUUCGUACGCCUAACUGCUGCUUUGUGUUCCACAUUUCCAAGUGUGUGUGGGGGUGUGUAUCAGCGCUAUGGGGACAUCCUGGUGCAAAUAAGUUUCUCCACACAAUAGAAUGCUAUGCUAAGGCAAGAAGGGUGCGAAUAUCUUUUUUUCUUUUUCUUCUUCCUUACGUGAUAAUUUAAAUAAUACCGUGUAAGACACUGAAGCGAUCCUGCUUUUUGUAAACACCCCCCCCCCCCCACGCUGCGUAGUUGUAAACACGCAACCUUUUUUUUCCCGCUUCAGUAUCUUUAUGUACGAUGUGCAUGUCUCAGCCAUCGAAGGAAUGCAGUAGAGCGUCGUUUACGCAGGGUGGAGAUAAAUGUACAUACGUUUUUGUAUGUUUAAAGAAAAGCUAUACUUUAAAUACUCAGGUUUGGCGCUGCUUGUAUCAUUCGGGGACGCGAGAGCCUGUAUUGCGCACAGCGGUCAGAAGAGGGCGCAGGAAUUCCAACAAUCACCUGGCAUGUCGUCCGAGGCGAUGCAGUGUAACUAAUACUAAUUAAUCUUUUUGUGACCUCCGACAUGGACUUCAGCUGGAUGCCAAAGUCUGUGCCUCAAAAAAAAAAAAAAAAAAAAAUCAAAUAAGGACACGUUCUAAUUCUAUGAAGUUUACAUAACCGUUGCUGUGAAGUGCAUUUAAAAUCGGUUCCUUGGUUACUCUGUAGCCUCUUUGUACAAAGUUGUAUAUCGAUAAGACGUUUUGAAUAAUUGGUGUUGAAUAAGAGGCGCCUGGGCCGUGCCCUACCAGUUCAGUCUUGCACUGGUUUGUUUCUUCCUUAGAUGUUUUUGUUUUUUAAUUUGUACAUGCAUUCAGUUUUUCUUUUUUUUUUUCUCUUCGCACCAAACAGUUUCUGAGGCAUUUAAUUUCCGACAGAAACCGAGACAUUCAAGCAAGGCAAGUCCAAAAUCUUCGAUUAUUUUUGGAUUUCGUCUCCAUUUCAUUUGGAUUAUGACAAUAAAUCACAUGGUUUCCACUACUUUAA